UCGGAAGUGUGUAAUUAAUGAGGUCAUUGAGAAGGAGGAAACAGAACUCGACAGCUAAGAUGGCGGAGGAGCAGCAGGAAUCAUCACAGGGAGAGAUCGAGGGAGUGAACUGCCUCGCGUACGACGAGGCCAUCAUUGCUCAACAGGAUAGGAUUCAGCAGGAGAUAGCCAACACUAACCCUUUAGUGUCGGAUAGACAGGACCUGUCGGUGCUGCAGAAAGAAUACGCGGAGGAUGACACAGUUUAUCAGCUCAAGAUCAAGGACCUUUACAAAAAAUACUCGUACAUUCGGAAGACACGACCGGACGGAAACUGCUUCUAUAGAGCGUUCGGAUUCGCACAUCUGGAGUCCCUGUUAGAUGACAGCAAAGAACUUCAGAGGUUCAAAGCAGUUGCAGCUAAAAGUAAACUGGACCUGGUUAACGAAGGUUUCACUGAGUUUACCAUUGAAGACUUUCACAACACAUUCAUGGACUUAAUCGAACUGUGUGAGAAACAGCCGAGCCUGCAGGAGCUGCUGAACUCCUUCAACGACCAGAACGUGUCGGACUACGUGGUCGUGUACCUGCGGCUCCUCACCUCCGGCUACUUGCAGCGAGAGAAUGGCUUCUUUCAGCAUUUCAUUGAGGGAGGACGCUCCGUCAAGGAGUUCUGUCAGCAGGAGGUAGAGCCGAUGUCUAAAGAAAGUGAUCACAUUCACAUCAUCGCCUUAGCCCAGGCCCUGAACGUUUCCAUUCUGGUGGAGUACAUGGACAGAGGAGAGGGAGGAACUGUCAAUCACCACGUCUUCCCUGAAGGCGGAGACCCACGCAUCUUCCUGCUCUAUAGACCAGGCCAUUACGACAUCUUGUACAAAUAACACUCCCGCCCACUGCCCUCUUCAUCCUCCUGCAGCGCCCUGCAGCGGCACAUUCAAGGAUAACGUCAGCAGCCGCGUUGAUGAAGAAUACAUCUUAUGUACGAGAUUAUACUCAUUUAUUUGGAAAAAUAAAUUUAAAAAAUCACAUGACAUGCCUCCCUUACCCCACUUGCUCCCAAACCCCCAAAGUUAUCCUCAGUUGUCACAAAAUGGUUAACUUAAAAAAAAUAAAAUUAACUAAAAAAAAAGUUUGGAAAAAUAGAAGUGACUCCAGUCAUUUAGAGUUGUACAGGUUUUUUUUUUUUUCUUUUGUGGUUGUAAAUGUUAUCUACUUGCUUUGUUUGAUUCUUUUCCUUUGUUACACUGCGUUUCAUUGAGUUUUAUUAAAGCGAUUUACAUCUUA